AUGACAUCAACACAAUCAGUCAAGGCUGUCCGCUAUCACGGUCAACAAGACAUCCGUCUUGAAUCCGUACCAGUCAAGCCCCUAGACCCCACUACUGUUCGCAUUGCUCCCAAGUUUUGUGGGAUCUGCGGUACAGAUGUCCACGAGUAUCUCGGCGGCAACAAUCUCAUUCCCAAACCCGGCACCCCGCACGGCAUCACUGGUGAGACGUCACCACUUACUCUGGGCCACGAAUUCAGCGGCAUCGUCGAAGAAGUCGGCAGUGAAGUCACGCGUCUUCAAAAGGGUGACCGCGUUUGCGUGCAACCUAUCAUCUACGACAAUGAGUGUCGCUCGUGUAAGCGUGGUCUUCAAAACUGUUGCGAUAAGAACGGCUUCAUCGGUUUGAGUGGUUGGGGAGGUGGAUUAGCUGAAUCAACUGUCGUGCCACAGGAUGCUGUUAAAAAAUUACCCGAUAAUGUCUCCCUCGAAGUUGGCGCUUUGGUUGAGCCUCUGGCUGUUGGAUGGCACGCAACCAAGAUUUCGCCCUAUGAAGACGGCAACUCAGCCUUCGUUGUCGGCGGCGGACCAAUUGGACUGGCUGUUGUGCAGGCCCUCGUUGGACGGGGAUGCAAGAACAUCAUGUUGACUGAGGUCAGUUCCAAGAGACGAGAGUUUGCCAAGAAGUUUGGUGCGCACCACGUAUUCGAUCCUACAAAGGACGACGUCGUGGCGAUGGUGAAGAAGUUGACGGGAGGUCUAGGAGCAGAUGUUGGUUUCGAUGCUGCGGGCUCGCAACAUGCUAUUGAUGUAGCGUUCGAUUGCUUGAAGGCUAGGGCGGUGCUGGUGAACAUUGCUGUGUGGGAGAAGAGGGCGCAGUUGAACAUGAACCAGAUUGUGUUCCGGGAGAGAUCUUAUGUUGGAUGCGCGACAUAUGCUCUCGGAGAUUUUGAAGAAGUUAUCGAUGCUCUGUCGAAUGGCAAGAUCACACCCGAGGGAAUGAUUACCAAGGUCAUCAAGAUGGACAAGGUUGUUGAGGAGGGUUUCCAAACUCUCAUUAACGACAAAGAUAACCACGUCAAGAUCUUGGUUGAUGUUAGCGCUGGAGUAUAG